AUGUUCAGCUCGGCGCAGGUUGUGACGACCACGGCGGCGCCGGAGCCGUCGCUGCCGGUCUUCUCGACGCGCGAGACGCACUUCCGCAAGGCGCGCGACGCCAACACGCUCGUCUUCUCCGUGCCCACACACUCGAGCCUGCUACUGCCGCUGCUGCGGCCCGUGAGCCACGCGUACGAGCAGCAGGACGCGCGCUGUCUGCACCUGCUGCAGGCGGCGGCGCUCGUGCCCAGCUGCAAGUGCGACAAGCUGCUGGCCACCGUGGCGCAGGCGCUCAAGAUGCCCGUGGCCCCGAAGAUUAAGAGCCAAUUGGAGGCCACGCUGCGGCCGGUGCUGACCAAGUUGCAGGCGUCCAAAGGCGGCGAGGGCCACGAGAGACCGUUGCUCGCCCUGCAACUCAAGGAGAAGGUGGCCGACUGCUUACGUUGCUGGAUCGCCGAGCCGGUGCACGGCUUCGUGCUGAGGAAGGAGCACGUCGUGAACGGCAUGAGGAUGGACGAUCUGGUGGCCACCCCCGUGGGCGCGGGGUAUCUCAGGGGUUACAGGGGCGAGGACGGCUUCUGCACGGUCGUGUACCCCUGGGGGCAUGGAUUCGUGCAUGUGAAGGACGUGGAGAAGGUGCAGCAAGCGCUGGAGAAGCACCUUAAGAAACGCUCGUACAAUGAGUAUGUUGCUCUGGAGCACCAGCAACUUUACGAGCAGAUUGAAGGCCUGCUGGAGAACCUGCCGCCAGUAGCGGAGGGGGGAGAUGCAAGCCAGAAGGGCGAGCAGAAAGAGACGAAGGUGGGCGAAGUGGACGUGGAGGAGUACAAGGAGCUGUUGAAGUCGCUGGAGGAGGAGCAUGUGGACACGACCGCACUUCGAGAAGAUUUGGGAUUAUUGCGUCGUGUGCAGGCACUUACGAAUAAGGUCAAGGAGCUCCGCCGCGCACAUGCUCCGAAGGAACCUGAGCAGAAGAUCAUGCGUACGGAAGAAAACGACGAGAUGCCUGAAGCUGAAGAUGUGCAGCAGAACGAUGAUGAGGCAACGGCGGAGGAGCAAGAGAAGAAGGAGGGUCAAGAACAACGUGUUGAGACCGAGAAAGCGUUAGAAGCUGGCGGAGGUAGUGGUCAAAUCUAAAGUGUGUGCAGUAAGUUAGAAUGGAGGUGUGCACUUCAGGAAGAAUGUUUUGUGUAAGCUUAGUAAUAUCAAUUCUUCGGCAGUGUUACCUGUAC